UAUUCACAACACAACACCUGCUUUUAUUUUGAAAACCACUACCAGAAGGAAGGAAGAUGACUUUUGCGCAAGCGCAACAGCCGCACACGUUGUUUUGAUAUGGGUUUGGCAAAAAUAGCUAAUAGAUAGUCAUGUUUAAAUAGCUUCACCACGCUGUUUACGUCGUUUAUUGUCUCAGUGUUUCACAUGUACGUUUCUGAUUUGACUGUUAGUAUCUGUAAUUAGCUGUUGGUCAAACGGGACGACAGAAAAAGCUGACGUUUAAUGAAAGCUAACCUUUCUAGCUUAGCACUCUGUAGCAACAAGUGGCAGCAUGGCAGCUGUACUGGAGCUGAUUGCUGGGAGCUACGAGCAGAUCGCCUUCGGUUACCGAGUGAAUACUGAUGGGGAAGAGUGGACAGCCCAGGCGAACUUCACACAUCACGCGCACACAGCGUCCAUAUCAGCUGCGGCAGCCAGUGAGAGGUUUGUUGUUACAGGAAGCAAAGAUGAGACCAUACAGCUGUACGACAUGAAGAAGAAGACUGAGCACGGAGCUUUGCUGCAUCAUGAUGGCACCAUCACCUGCCUGGAGUUUUAUGGGUCAUCUCAUCUACUGAGCGGAGGAGAGGAUGGACUCAUAUGUGUGUGGAGCACAAAGAAGUGGGAGUGUCUGAAAUCCAUCAAAGCUCACCAUGGCCAUGUCACAUCGCUGUCUGUGCAUCCGUCUGGGAAACUUGCUCUUUCAGUUGGGACAGAUAAGACUCUCAGAACAUGGAAUCUAAUUAACGGAAGAUCGGCCUUCAUCAAAAACAUAAAAGAGAAUGCACACAUUGUAAGAUGGUCUCCAGAUGGGGAUAAAUAUGUGGCUGUGGUGAAUGACAAAGUGAACAUUUACGACCUGGAGACAGCCUCUGUGACAGGAACAGUCACAAACCCCAAGAGGAUAUCAUCUGUUAAGUUCCUAAAUAACUCCAUCCUGGCUGUCGCAGGAGACGAUGAAAUUGUGAGGUUUUGUGACCUGGGAAAAGAAAAAUGGGUGUGUGAGUUUAAGGCUCAUGAAACUAGAGUGAAAGCGGUUGACAGUUUCGUGAUGGAGGAUUACUGCGUGCUGGUGACGGCUUCAAACGAUGGAUUCAUCAAAAUGUGGAAACUCAAUCUAAAAGAGGAGCUGGAGUCUCCCACUCUUCUUGGGGAAGUGAACACAACAGCCAGACUGACUUGCCUUGCUGUAUGGAAACCAUCAUCAGUGCAGCAGACUGCUGAGGAACCAGCAUCUGAGGCAACAACAUCUGAAGAACUCGUACAGGAGCUUUCAAAGAAGAAAAGAGUCCGAAUUGUAGCAGAAGAAGUCGUUCUAGAAGAUGAGAGUAAACCCAAAAAAAAGAAAAAGGGCGGUGGAAAAUAAAAUGGAAAAAAAUAUCUGUUUUAUUAUUGAUGGACUUGUGUCUGGACUUAUUUGUUCACAUAUUCAUGUGCUGUUUGUGGUUGCCACAGGGAGGUCAUAAAGUACAGCUUUUAAGAUCA